CUCUCUCUCCUUCCUGUCCUCCUCUGAGUCAAGUCGAGCAUCACCGUGCUUUUCCACACUCUCUCUCUCUCUCUCCCUCCCUUUCUCUCUCCCUCUCUCUCUGUGCUGUCAGCUCGCGCAGCGUUGCGGGAGGAUGAUGGUGAGGAUGAUGUUGGCAGCGCGAGCAAAAUAACCAUUGCUGGAUACGCGCUGAACAUCUCCGGUCCACGCGACGCGUCUUUUCGCACCGAUCCGAGCGGCUUUGAGGGUCACAGCACAGCAGGGCGACCAAAACCUCAAGCUGAAGUAUUUCCACUCUCAAACGGAGGACAGUCUUUUGGCUACAGGAAUAAAAAAAAAAAACUGCUUCAAGGUUCAUUGCGCGCGGCUUGACACAAGCCCCUGCUGUGGUUUCUAAGAUGUGGUAUGAGCGUCAGAGAAGAACUCCAUGGCUCUGAGGUGUUUCAGACUGAGCUCUUGUAGCCAUUUGGAGCAGAGGUCAAUGGGGUCCCGGGGGGUCAUGUGGGCAACACACCUACUCUUCCUCUUCGCCUUCUUCACACCUGCUACGCUGGUGUUGAGUCGUGCGCCUGUGCCCAUGGCCGUGGUUCGUCGUGAGCUCUCGUGUGAGGGUUACCCCAUCGAGCUGCGUUGCCCUGGCACUGAUGUCAUCAUGAUAGAAAGCGCCAACUAUGGACGCACAGACGACAAGAUCUGUGACUCCGACCCCGCCCAGAUGGAGAACACACGCUGCUACCUGCCUGACGCCUAUAAGAUAAUGGGAUUUAGGUGUAAUAACAGGACCCAGUGCGCAGUGGUUGCAGGCCCAGAUGUUUUUCCCGAUCCGUGUCCUGGAACAUACAAAUACCUGGAGGUUCAGUAUGAGUGUGUGCCAUACAAAGUGGAGCAGAAAGUCUUCCUGUGUCCAGGCAUUCUGAAAGGCGUGUACCAAAGUGAACACCUUUUCGAGUCGGACCACCAAUCGGGCUCGUGGUGCAAAGACCCGCUUCAGUCGUCUAAUAAGAUUUACUACAUGCCGUGGACUCCGUACCGUACAGAUACUCUCACUGAAUACUCGUCCAAAGAGGAUUUUAUCGCAGGACGUCCCACUACUACCUACAAACUGCCACAUCGUGUCGACGGCACUGGGUUUGUUGUGUACGAUGGGGCGUUGUUCUUUAACAAGGAGCGCACACGAAACAUCGUCAAGUUCGACUUGCGCACUCGAAUCAAAAGUGGCGAGGCGAUUAUCGCCAACGCGAACUAUCACGAUACGUCUCCGUAUCGCUGGGGAGGGAAGUCAGACAUCGACCUGGCUACGGACGAAAACGGUCUGUGGGUGAUCUACGCGACGGAACACAACAAUGGGAAGAUCGUCGUAAGCCAGCUCAAUCCGUACACCCUCCGAAUCGAAGGGUCCUGGGACACGACGUACGACAAGCGCUCGGCCUCCAACGCCUUCAUGAUCUGCGGAGUCUUGUACGUGGUAAAGAGCGUGUACGAAGACGACGAUAAUGAAGCGUCGGGGAAUAAAAUCGACUACAUGUACAGCACUGAAAAGAGUCGCGGCACCAACAUCAACAUCCCCUUCCCAAAUUCAUACCAGUACAUUGCAGCAGUGGACUACAACCCAAGAGACAAUCUGCUGUAUGUGUGGAACAAUUACCACGUUGUGAGAUACUCGCUGGAUUUCGGCAACACCGACAACAGGAUGAAUUUCGAGCCUCCUUCCUCAGUCUUGCUUCCUGACCAGCUCCCGCCUGCACGGAGCUUCACCUCUCGUCCGCACCCUUACACGGGAACGCUCCGCCCCCUCAUCACUACGACCACGACUACAACCAUGGCACCGCCGCGUCGCCGUGACGAUGACAACUUCCUUCCCGAGGCACUGACUCCUCCUCCCUCGCUGGCCCGGACGCCACCUGUAAUCGACUACUGCUCUGCACGUAUGGCAGCUGAGCUCUCGUGGCCUCAGACUCAUCGAGGGCAUGUUGCCAAGCAACCAUGCCCGUCUGGCACCAUCGGUGUGGCUACAUACACCUGUGUGAUGGGAUACUGGGACCCCAAGGGCCCGGACAUGAGCAACUGCACCUCCCCAUGGACCAACCACUUUACUCAGAGAAUGAGGUCAGGAGAGACGGCCGCCAUCGUCGCGCGUGAGCUAGCCGAGCAGACGAAGACAGCGGUGUUGCGUCCAGGAGACGUUCCGUCCACAGUCAGAGCCAUGGCCCAGCUGGUGGAGCUGUUAGACGUGCAGCUGAGGAACCUCACUCCUGGUGGGAAAGAUACAGCGGCACGCAGCCUUAACAAGCUCCAAAAGAGAGAACGCUCAUGUCGAUUCUUCAUUCAGGCGAUGGUGGAGACGGUGAAUAACCUGCUGUGUGAGCGCGCUCAGCCUGCGUGGAAGGCGCUGUCAGUGAUGGAUCAGCUGCGUUGUGCCACCAUGCUGCUGGACACAGUAGAGACGGCUGCCUUCAUGCUCGCCGACAACCUGCUCAAGACCGACACCAUCCAAGAGAGCACCGACAACAUCCAGCUGGAGGUGGCACGACUCAGUACUGACAUGAUGCAGACAGAUCUGAAGUUUCCCCAGUCAGACCCUUCCGGAAACUUCAUCCAAAUUCCAGUAAAAACUCUGAAACAACAAGGACGCAACGGUGAGAUCCGUAUGGCUUUGGUUCUGUACAGGAAUCUGGGGCAGUAUUUGUCCACAGAGAAUGCGAGUGUGCGGCUGGGAAGCGAAGCAGCUUACCCCAACUACUCACUCAUUGUCAACUCGCCUGUAAUAACAGCAGCCAUAAACAAGGACAGCAACAAAAUCUACUUGUCCGAACCUGUCCGCUUUGUUGUCAGCCAUUUGCAGAAGUCAGAGUCCAACUUCAACCCCAACUGCUCAUUCUGGAGCUACUCCAAACGCACCAUGACGGGCUACUGGUCAACGCAGGACUGCAGGCUGGGUGACACAAACAGCACACACACCUCCUGCUCCUGCACACAUCUCACCAACUUUGCUGUGCUCAUGGCUCAUGUGGAGGUGAAGAAGGCAGAUCAGAUGCAAACAACCUUGUUGGAUAUGAUCACGUGGGUUGGGAUCCUGCUCUCGCUUGUCUGCCUGCUCAUCUGCAUCUUCACCUUCUGCUUCUUCCGCGGCCUGCAGAGCGACCGCAACACCAUUCACAAGAACCUGUGCAUCUCGCUCUUCAUCGCAGAGACGCUCUUCCUCGUCGGCAUCUACCGUUCAGACCAGCCUAUCGCAUGUGCAGUGUUUGCCGCUCUGCUUCACUUCUUCUUCCUGGCUGCAUUCACAUGGAUGUUUCUGGAAGGAGUUCAGCUCUACAUCAUGCUGGUGGAGGUGUUUGAGAGCGAAUAUUCUCGCACCAAGUAUUUCUACCUCACCGGCUACGGUGUUCCUGCGCUCAUCGUGGCCGUGUCGGCAGCCGUCGACUACCGCAGCUACGGCACGAACCAUGUGUGCUGGCUACGGUUAGACACCUACUUCAUCUGGAGUUUCAUUGGCCCUGCAACGCUCAUUAUAAUGCUGAAUGUGAUUUUCUUGGGCAUUGCACUUUACAAGAUGUUCCACCACACUGCUAUUCUGAAACCUGACUCCGGUUGCCUGGACAACAUCAAAUCAUGGGUGAUUGGCGCCAUCGCUCUGCUGUGUCUCCUCGGUUUGACAUGGGCUUUUGGUCUCAUGUACAUUAACGAGAACACGGUGAUCAUGGCCUACCUCUUCACCAUCUUUAACUCACUGCAAGGGAUGUUCAUCUUUAUUUUCCACUGCAUUCUGCAGAAGAAGGUGCGGAAGGAGUAUGGCAGGUGCCUUCGUACACACUGCUGCAGUGGGAAGAGUGUGGAGUCGACCAUUUCAACCUCCACCAAGACCAGCACAGCACGGACACCUGGACGCUACUCUACAAACUCUCAGAGUCGUAUUCGGAGGAUGUGGAAUGACACAGUGAGGAAACAGUCUGAGUCGGCUUUCAUCACUGGAGAUAUCAACAGCUCAGCUACUCUGAACAGAGGUACCAUGGCUAACCAUCUCAUCUCUAACGCCUUGUUGCGUCCUCAUGGCACUAACCCUUAUAACACAUUGCUGGGAGAAUCUGCAGUGUACAAUAACCCCUCUGCAAACAUGUUCAACACACAAGCCUCCUACAGAGAUUCAAAGGGCAUGCUGAACAAUGCACGUGAUGCCAGUGUCAUGGACACACUACCGCUCAACGGCAACCAUGGCAACACCUACAGCGACUACCUCACAUACGGCUCAUCCUCACCGACUACACUGGAGAAGAAAAUCCUGAAGGAGCUGACAGCCAACUACGCGUCCACCUACCACCCCAGCACCAAGCUCGCCAACCACGUCGCCAACGGAGGCGUUCCCAGUCCACCGAGCACGGCAGGCAUCACGCGCGAUGACGAGAACGCUGCCGCUGUUGCGCUGGGAAUCUCCAGAGAGGAUGAAAACAACACCCGCACCGCCCUGAGCUUGGAGAUCAUCAGGGAGGAGUCUCAGGCACCUCUCCUCCCGCCUAGACCUCCGCCUCCAGAUGGCCACCCCCCAUUACACACCUUCUCCACCCACCGGCGCCUUCCGCAGGAGAAUAACGAGAGUUUUUUCCCCCUUCUGAAGAAUGAGACGCACUCAUCGCACGUGCUCAGAGACUCGUUAUACACCAGCAUGCCGACUCUAACCGACCACCCACACGGUAGCAAUGACAUCAACGGCAUCCGCGACGAGGACGAAGACGAGGACGACGAAGAGGAGGAAGAGGAGGAGGAGGAAGAGGAGGAGGAGGAGGAAGGGAGCGAGCUGCAUUUGGCCAACGGGAAAGGCGUCAUAUCAGAUGCGGAUGAUGUGUACUACAAGAGCAUGCCUAAUCUGGGCUCGCGCAAUCACAUACAGGAACUGCAGAGCUACUACCACAUGGGUCGCGGAGGAAGUGAUGGAUUCAUUGCGCCGCCGGAAAAGGACGAGUCAUCGCCCGAAGAGCAGCCUCAAGACCCCUCGCACUUAGUCACGAGCUUAUAGGCGCAUACACACACAUCUUCUGAGUGUGUGUGUGUGUGUAUGUACGAGAGAUGCAAUGCACAAGGCACGGGAACCACUACCUACUGCACUGAUCGAUCCCUAGAGAAACUGAUAGCGGAUAGCUGCCCAAAAACCAAUGACAGGAACCCAGAGUCAGUUAGCCCUAGGAAAAAAAGGACCAGGUAGUGUAACUUUCAGUUAGGACUAGUACCAACAAAUUCAGAAUAUUCAGCGUGGUUUAUCAAAUGUAUCAGAUGUACAAAACACAGGCUCUUUUUUUUUUUUUUUUCUUUGUGAAACCAUCAGCCAUUUUGAACAGCAGACUGGGAAGGAACGUACUGAUCGACACGUCCAUGUCCAUCAGAAGCCACGUAUUCCAGUGAGACAAGUUGAUCUGUUGACUCUGUCACUUCUCCCCCUCUACACAACUUGUAACCCAACUGCUGUCUGGCCAUGAAUCCUCUGGAUUGUCCCUGUGUGAAUAAAACGAUAGCGACAAACUAGUUGCCAUUUUAGAUGAUUAUCUAUGUUGAUAGACACCGACCUGGACCUUGAACUCGUUCUGAACUAUAAUCCUCUACCUACGAUUCCUCUAAACUUCGGGUGAUGAUCCUUUGCUGCACACAUUCCUUCCUUCCUGUUUAACACUGAUUACUGUUGUAUACCGAGUUAUCAUGUCACAACAAAAGCAUCUAAUCCUUAAGACUUAAGGACGCAUCAUUUUCUUACUUUGGAUUUUUCAGUAAUACCAGUUAUCGAGAGGUACUGCGCACUAAUACCUAAAGAAACAGGAUUUCUAUGUAAAAUGUACAGAAGCCCUUUGCAUCACAUAUCACAUAAACCUCAUAGUUUUGAUAAUCCUUCCUUUUUUCUUUUUACUUUUUUGCCCCCGGUGUAUGUGUUUGUGUAAAAGUUAAAAAAAGAAACCUGUGCUGGUCCUCUGCACUAUUAGCCCCGUUUAUCAUUAUGAGAGACCUAUCUAAAACCCCGUCACACAUACACGCAUACCUUCACAAAGACAUACAUCUCCUCAUUUAUCUCAUUCAUCAUCCACUCUUUCUUUUUUUCGAUGCACUCUGAUUUUAAUGUCAUACUGGCCAAAAAGAAAGAAACGAUGGCUUUAAGACCUGCAGGUUGAAUGUGUCCUCUUCCAAACAGUUCUAUUAUCACAGAUUUAAAUAUACAAACAGUAAGCGGUCACUAAGAUAUCCUACAUCCUUACAUCCUACUCUUUAAUAUAUUUAGCUUCCAGGUCUUUCUUGUCGUGUGUAGGACCCCUGAGAUUCGACUGAUCGGAAUAAGUUCUGUGUAAUAUCUGUAAAGAUUUGAUGAAGACGAAAUGGAACAACACGGGCUGUUUACUCUUUUCUUGACUUCCUGUAGCUUGCACAUCUGCGUCUUUACCCCCCCCCCCUCCAUCCGAGAAAAGCGACUGCGUAUUUAUCCCCACAAGGUGCUUUAUCAGAUCUGAAUCGUUUGGAUCAUUGGUAGAGGAGAGGUUUUAAAAAUCACAUCGGCACUGAGACCUUUUUUUUUUUUUAUUCUUAUUCUUAUUCUUAUUACCAUCAAUAUUGUUAAUAUGAUAUCUAUGGAAUUAUUAUUUAUUCUUUUCAUAUGCAUUCGAAAUUGAAUGAGCUCAUAACUAAUAUUUGUUGUAACAGUGAAAGUUGUUUGCCAACAAAUAAAAUGAUUGAAUUGA